GACUCGCUGCAGGACUCUACGGCGUCUGGCAGGGGUCAUGAUUUGAUUUACUACGGCAAAUAAUAAUCUUCCCCUUUUUCAUUAGCAGCGGGCAGCUCGUCAGUUAGAGAGGUGAGGGGUUAGAAGCGCAGACAUGGCGUGAGCUGCCAGAAGAUUAAGAUUUCACCAGCGAGGAAGUGAUCGCCGAGCCCCACGGAGGAAAGUAACGGUAGUUUGUGGCCGGAGGCAGCAUCGCCACUUCUGACUUUUUUCCCUGGGAACGAGUCAGUCCAUCCGCAAAGCUGUACAGGAGAAUGAAGCCCAAUGCCGGGCACAGCCCUCCGCAGCAGGACAGCCUGGAGCUCUCUCCUUCUUCCACAUUAGCUGCCUCCUAAGCACAAGCGCCGAGUACGAAUCCUGCUGCAGGUCCUGCCAACUGUAACACCUCCGCUGGACCACAGGUGAGGAGGAGCGAGGAGGGAAAACAAGACCACUUGGGGGAGUCCGCUUCCUGCAGCCAUGGAGGAGGAGGUGGAGGCGGUGAGCAUGGAGUACCUGCUGGAGCAGGUGACGCAGAAGGACCUGGGGAAGAGGCUCCAGGUGGGCCAGGAGGUCAUGGAGCUGAUCCUGGAUGAGGAGAGGUCCCCGGAGCUGGAGCAGGACCAGAGCAUGCUGGACAGGAUGGUGGAUUGCGUGGCCAGCUCCUGGGUCAAUUCCAGCAACUUCAAGGUGGUUUUACUGGGGAUGGAUAUCCUGUCGGCUCUGGUGAGCCGGCUGCAGGAGAGAUUCAGGACACAGGUUGGAACUGUCCUGCCCAGUCUUAUCGAUCGACUGGGAGACGCCAAGGAUCAAGUCAGAGAGCAGGACCAAGCACUUCUGCUGAAGAUCAUGGACCAGGCUGCAAACCCACAGUAUGUGUGGGAGCGAAUGAUGGGAGGAUUCAAGCACAAGAACAACAGGACCAGAGAGGGACUCUGCCUGUGUCUCAUCUCAACUUUGAACGUGUUUGGCUCUCAGAGUCUGACGCUCAGUAAAAUCGUUCCUCACAUCUGCAGCCUCCUCGGAGACCCCACCAGCCAGGUGCGUGAUGGCGCCAUGAACUGCCUGGUGGAGAUCUACCGGCACGUCGGCGAGCGAGUGCGGAUCGACCUGGGAAAGAAGGGCCUGCCUCAGUCACGGCUGAACGUCAUCUUCAGUAAGUUCGAUGAAGUCCAGAGGUCGGGGAACAUGGUCCUGUCACCUUUGUCGGACAAGAACUUCGAGGACGAUGACUCGGUGGACGGCGGCCGCUCCUCGUCCUCGUCCAAAGGAACCUCGCUGUCCGGGAGGAAGGCGGUGAGCAUGGGUUCAUUUCGACGCCCUGCCUCCGCCUCCAGCAGCAAGUCUGCAGGGAGGGACGGGUCCAGUGCUGGAGCCGUGGAUGAGGAGGACUUCAUCCAGGCGUUUGAAGAUGUUCCCACAGUGCAGAUCUACUCUAACAGGGAGGUGGAGGAAGCCAUGACGAAGAUUCGAGACGUGCUGUCGGACGACAAGCGGGACUGGGAGCUGAGAGUGGCAGCUCUGAAGAAAGUGCGUUCGCUGCUCCUGGCCGGUGCACCAGAGUUCGACGGCUUCCUGCAGCAGCUGCGUCUCAUGGAGGCGGCGUUCAAGCUGUCUGCCAAGGACCUGCGAUCUCAGGUGGUGAGGGAGGCCUGCAUCACUCUGGGACACCUGUCGUCAGUGCUCGGCAACCGGUUCGAUCACGCAGCAGAGGCCAUCAUGCCAAUACUCCUCAACCUGGUCCCUAACAGUGCCAAAGUCAUGGCCACGUCCGGCAUGGCCGCCAUCCGCCUCAUCCUCCGACACACACACUACCCACGCCUCAUCCCCAUCAUCACCAGCAACUGUACCUCCAAAUCUGUGGCUGUGCGAAGGCGCUGCUUCGAGUUCUUGGACCUGCUGCUGCAGGAAUGGCAGACGAGCUGUCUGGAAAGGCACGGCACAGUUUUAAUGGAGACUAUAAAGAAAGGGAUCCAUGAUGCAGACGCUGAGGCUCGCUCUGUGGCCAGAAAGUGUUACUGGAGCUUCCACAGUCACUUCAGCCGGGAGGCGGAGCAGCUGUUCCAGGGCCUGGAGUCGUCCUAUCAGAAAGCUCUGCAGGCUCACCUGAGGAGCGGAGACAGUCUGAUGUCGCUCCCCGCCUCUGACCGCUCCUCCUCCUCUUCUCAGGAGAGCCUCAAUCGACCUCUGUCUGCAAAAAGCACUGUUGGGAGCAGCUCAGCCCGAUCCAAACCCACCCACACCUCCAGGACGCCGGCUGCCGCCUCCUCCCCCAGCUCACUCCAGCGCUCCCGCAGCGACGUGGACGUGAACGCCGCGGCCAGCGCCAGCGCCCGCACGAGGAUGCCUGCCGUACCCUCCACUGUGCUGUCGUCGGCCUCGCCCUUCAGCUCUGCCUCGGCGCUGCCUCCUGGAUCCUACGCUUCACUGGGUCGAGUGCGAACGAGGAGGACAAGCUCAGGAAACGGUCCGUCGGUGACAGACACCCGGGGCCGGAGUCGAGGGAAAGUCGUCUCUCAGUCCCAGCCUGGGAGUCGGUCAGGCUCUCCCGGGCGGCUGCUGAGCUCCACCUAUGGCCGGAUCCCCAGGCCCACCAUGGGCACCGGUGCCACCACCGCCGCCACGGGUAGCACCUCCACCAGCCUGACCGACAAGAGCAGACCUCGAGGUCACCGCAGCCAGGGCUGCAGCCGAGAGACCAGCCCCACCAGAUCAGGCACGGCCCGGAGUCGCAUCCCUCGACCAAGCAUGAGUCAGGGCUGCAGCCGCGAAACCAGUCGCGAGAGCAGCCGCGACACCAGCCCGGCGCGGGGCUUCUCCCCCCUGGACCGGCUGUCCCAUCAGGCUCGGAUCUCUGCCUCAGUCAAUGCCAUGAGGAUCCUCAACACGGGCACCGAGGUCGAGGCUGCGGUCGCCGAUGCUCUGCUCUUAGGAGAUUCGAGGAGUAAGGUACAGCGGAGGCCAGUGAGGCGGCGGUUCGAGUCGCCGGGGAUGUACUCAGACGACGACGCCAACAGCGACGCCUCCAGCGCCUGCUCUGAGCGCUCCUACAGCUCACGUAACGGCGGCGUGGCGCCGCACUACCUGCGCCAGACGGAGGACGUGGCGGAGGUGCUGAACCACUGUGCCAGCGCCAACUGGUCCGAGAGGAAGGAGGGACUGCUGGGACUGCAGAACCUGCUCAAGAGCCAGAGGAUGCUCAGUCGUGUGGAGCUGAAGAGGCUUUGUGAGAUCUUCACCAGGAUGUUUGCGGACCCUCACAGCAAGAGAGUCUUCAGCAUGUUCCUGGAGACUCUGGUGGACUUCAUCGUGCUGCACAGGGACGACCUGUUGGACUGGCUCUUCGUCCUGCUCACACAGCUGCUGAAGAAGAUGGGCGCCGACCUGCUGGGCUCCGUCCAGGCCAAAGUCCAGAAGGCUCUGGAUGUCACGAGGGAGUCCUUCCCAUACGAGCAGCAGUUCAACAUCCUGAUGCGCUUCAUCGUGGAUCAGACGCAGACGCCCAACCUGAAGGUGAAGGUGGCCAUCCUGCGCUACAUCGAGGCUCUGGCCAGGCAGAUGGACCCGGCCGACUUUGUCAACUCCAGCGAGACACGCCUCGCCGUUUCCCGCAUCAUCACCUGGACCACCGAGCCCAAGAGCUCCGAUGUCCGCAAGACCCUUCAUAACUGGGCGGGGGAGGAUUUCUCAGGCCGACCCAGCACCGUGGCCUCUCUGCCCGGGGAGGGCAACCUGGAGGAGAGGUGCAAGCAGGCGGCCCAGGUGGUGUUGAUCGCCCUCUUUGAGCUGAACACUCCGGAGUUCACCAUGCUGCUGGGUGCGCUGCCCAAAACCUUCCAGGACGGGACAACAAAGCUGCUGCACAACCACCUGAGGAACGCCAGUGCCAACAGUGGCAUCAGCAUGGCGUCUCCCAGUAACUCGGCAGGUCGGACGCCUCCGCGACAGCCCAGCAGCCGCAGCAGCCCGCUGACCUCCCCCACCAACUGCUCCCACGGCGGCCUUUCCCCCAGCAUGCUGGAGUACGACAGCGAGAACCUGAACUCCGAGGAGAUCUACAGCUCGCUGCGCGGUGUCACCGAGGCCAUCCAGAACUUCAGCUUCCGCAGCCAGGAGGACCUGGUGGAACCGCUGAGGCGGGACGGCAAGAAGGAUGGCGUUAUGACUGGAGGCGGGGCGUCCUCGGACUCCGAACCUCGUCCCAGCGGUGAUGCGGUGGAGGGUGGGCGCACUGCCCUGGACAACAAGACCUCUCUGCUGAACACGCCGUCUCCUCGAUCCUUCGCCGGGCCGCGCUUCAGAGAGUACAACCCAUACAACUACACAGACGGCAUCAGUACGAUGGAUAAAGCUACGCUGAAGGAGGCGCUGUAUGAGGACGCUGUGGAGCAGCUGCGAGAAGGCCGCCGGCAGGAAAGUGUGGAAAACAAGAUCCUGAACCCCAAAAGUUUCCCAGCCGGGGCUGCUGAGCAGCUGGAGCUGGUCGGAGAGCUGCUGAAGGAACUCUCCCAGGGCCAGGCAGGGGAGCGGGGCCCUGAGGAGCGCCGGGGGACCCUGCUGGAGAUGCUGAAGGUGGCCCGGGAGGACAGCUUGGUGGUGUGGGAGGAGCACUUUAAGACCAUGCUGCUGCUCCUGCUCGAAACGCUGGGAGACAAAGACCACACGAUCCGGGCACUCGCCCUGCGAGUCCUAAAGGAGAUUCUGAGGAACCAGCCCGCCCGCUUCAAGAACUACGCCGAGCUCACCAUCAUGAAGAUGCUGGAGGCCCACAAAGACUCGCACAAGGAGGUGGUGCGGGCGGCCGAGGAGGCGGCCUCCACGCUGGCGGGCUCCAUCCACCCCGAGCAGUGCAUCAAGGUGCUCUGCCCCAUCGUGCAGACAGCCGACUACCCCAUCAACCUGGCCGCCAUCAAGAUGCAGACGAGGGCCAUCGAACGCAUCACCAGAGAGCCGCUGCACCAGCUGCUGCCCGACAUCAUACCCGGACUCCUGCAGGGCUACGACAACACUGAGAGCAGCGUGAGGAAGGCCAGCGUCUUCUGCCUGGUGGCCAUCUACUCUGUGAUUGGAGAGGAGCUGAAGCCUUACCUGGCUCAGCUGACCGGCAGCAAGAUGAAGCUGCUGAACCUGUACAUCAAGCGGGCGCAGACCUCCACCAGCAACAGCAGCAGCUCCUCCGACAUCUCCUCCUACUAACUCCUGCAGCUUCCAUCCUCGCAGACACGCUUAUAAACUGUUUCAUUCCAUCAGCCGGUGAUCGACCUGAGGGGCGACGUCACCACCAGUGGGAUCAUCAUCAGUUUCUUUGUAGGACCAGGUGCCUGGCACCUCAUCUUCUUGACCAGCUUCUGUUUCCCAAACCAUCUUCCAUCUCAUUCCUUCAGCUGCUGAUGGAGCUGAAGUCCCUGAGGAGCUCAUGCUGUCAUGGCUCCAGUUUCAUGUCCAUCUUCCCAUCAUCCAUAAAGUUCAGCUCGUUUUUUGGAGGUAGGGUGACCCUGGCUUUUGAGAUGUUUCAUGAAGAUUCACCACUAGAUGCAUUAGCCUUAAGACUUCAUCUUCCAUCUUCCAGUAUGGAAAUGAUCAAUUUUUAGAGGCCGUGUGCCUGAAACCAAGAUCUCCUCUUCCUCAUCUCAUCAUCAUCGUCGUCAUCUUUAAUCUCCUGGAUGUGAGGUGCAGUUUGAAGCCGAGUAGAUCCUGGAACCAUGAAGGACCUGAAGAGGAGAGUUUUUGCAGUGUAGCUUCCUCCUUCUGCCAGUAUUUUUAUUCCUUUUUAGUACCUUUAAUCCACUUCCUGGACACUGUUUUGCUUUGACACAUCAAACCUUUUAUUGAAUGUAAAGAGCUUUGAGUGAGCGCGAGUCUCCUUCGUGAACUACUGCCUCAUCGGUGGGACGUUUUCCAGUUUUUAACAUUUGAAUGAGUUGUUACAGAAAGUGGCACUACAGUCUUUAAAAGGCUGAAUCCCACAGAUAAUCUGAAGAUCAACGCGAGCUUUUAUUUUGAAAAUGGGCUCAUGCCUCUGUGAGUGCGACGGGAGAAUCGACGGGGUUGCACUCAGUCCUGGAAUAAUCCAUUUCAAAAGAUGUGAAGCUCGUCUCAGUUUACAGUGAUUGAUCAUUUGGCUGGCCAAUGAUUUUAAGCACUACAAAUCAGCAAAGUUUUAUUGUUCUGGGCCGGAGAACCAGCAGAAAACAGCAGUGUUUAUAUUUUAAAGUCAUUUUUUAAGGUGUGAAAAAGAAGGAACAAAUUAUUUCUGUUUUUGUGGCACUCAUCAGUUAGAUUUCCAUUUAAUAGUCAAGGCUAAAUAUUUCACCUCACAGAUCACAGUUUUCUACCUGAAUUGGAAAAAAAUGUCAAAUUGAAACGGCCGUGUUUUUAAAUGUGAAGAACUAGACUUAGAUGUGAGUGAGAGUUAUUUUGAAAUCACAGGUUUGCUUUAGUUAGCUGUCUAAAUGAGCUAUUGGAGAUGAGGUGGAGGUUUUAAAGAGACAGACCACUCUGCACAGAUUUAAUAUUCAGUGUUGGAAAUUAGAUUUGUCCUACACGCGCGUGAACAGCACUUCUUUGUACGUGACUUUCACAAUAAAAGCUUUAGCAGCAGCAGGGUAAAUUUCAGCUGAUGAAGCAGCUCACAGAAGCAUGUUGAAGAGCUGAUUGUAGGAUUUAAGUAAUCUUAACUUUAGUUUAGGAAGUUUUGAAAUGUAAUGCUGACUUUUAUUUAUAUAAAUAUUGUGUUUUUUAAGAUGGUUUUAAUAUAUUGCAAUGAAAUAAACACUCUUUUUUCUGUUAGAGAAACAAGCUGUUAAAAUACUGCAUUAGACUUAAUUUCUAAUUGUUAGAAAAAGUUUGAAACAUAGUGUAAUUAGUCUUUAAAUCAUCAUUAAAUUAUCAAUAUUUAUGUUUAAAUAUGCAUUCCAGUUAUCAGCAUAAAAUGUGACUUCAUUUAAGCUUUCAUUAUGGAUUUCUGCAAAGAUAACUCAGCAGCACAAAAUACUGACCUAAACACGUGUAGAUUUCUCUGUAGCAUUUCUGCUGAUGUGAACAAAACAGGCAGAUUUAUUGAAAGACAAAGAUUUCUUUUAAGUUGUGAUAGGAAGUAAAUUUUGCACACAACUGUAGAACAUGGAUGGAUGGAUAGUCUGUCCAACACUUUUUUGGGCUCGUGGUUGAGCCUAAAUUUAAGGAGAGCUUUUCUUCUUUUCCCCUGUAGAACUUUAAAUACAUACUUUCAUAAAAGUAGAUAUAAGAACCGAGACACUUAAAGCAAUACUUUCCAGUUACACACAAACAUUUAAAUAUUAUCACUAAUUCCAAGUAUAACACUAAUCGAGCUUCUCAUUUAAAAAAAAAAAAAGAAGUAUUUAUUUAUAAAAAAAUGUAAAAAAUGACCGUUAGCUUGACAGACUGGGGACCACAAUAAGAAAAAUUCCAAAGAAAACAUAUUUUUGGUGAUUGCUUUGGUCAUUCACUCAUCUGGACUGUAAAUAUCCUCACCAUCAUCUAAUUUAUGUUACACAACGUAAAGACUGAGCUCACUUUGUAAAUGUUAAUAAAAGAACUGCACAUUUUGUGACCAAAAGGAGACAAUAAUUAAAUACAGAUAUAUGAUUUUGUUUUUCAGGCCAAAGGUAGAAAGCUAGUGAGAAGGAGAUCUUCUCAUCGUCCUCCGUAAAUAUGAGACUGAUAUAAAGAACAAAAAAGAUUAAAUUGUCUUUUAUUGAGUUUUAAAUGCAAAAUCGAGCUGAUGAGUGUCACAUAAGUUUAAUUUUUUUUCAGCUAUGGUGGGUUUUUUAAUGGCUGUCAAAAACUAAAAGGUCAAUCAGCUCCUAAUUAAAACCACUGUAAUGACAGCAGUGUUGCUCUCUCCUGUGAAUUGAACGGCCCAGCUUGGGUUAAACUGGGAGUUUAUUAGUUUUGAUGACUGCUGUCAAGUUUAGACUACUGUGAUUAGGGGAGUUUCAUUCCAAAAUACUGUAAUAUAUAUAUUAAAGCUCAAUCUGAAGGUCAAAAUAGAGGCCUAAAUAUCUCAGAAAUAGUAUUAGCGGCCGUGCUGAUGAAGGUUCUCUGCAUCAGCGGCUCCCAAAUCGAAUGUAAGUCACUUUUUCGACCUUUAAAAUGUGAAUGCCAAACCUGUGGGAAAGAUUGAUCAUCUGAAUCAUUAGAUGCUCCUACAUGAGCGCGACAAUGCUGAACUGCUGAAUGGUGAAGUGCCAGUGGUAAAAAAAGAAACAGAGUGGACAUUAGCAAUAAACUUCAAGAAAUCCAGCUGGGAUUUCCUUGUGGAAACACUGUAGAUUCCCAUUUAGGUCCUCCUUUGAGACGCUCUCGCCGGUCAGUGUAAAAAAGUGUCAUUUUCGAAUAAGUGCACCUAUAAUUAAACCUUACUGCUGCUUAUUAUAAUACUAACAAACGCGCCUAACCACUCUGGUUUAUGUACUUUAUCUCAGCAGGAAGUGUAGGUGAAGCGAUGACGAUGGAAAAAUGACUGAAAUUUUUAAUACUGAUUGAUUGACUGAUUGCACUUUCCUGGUGCUGAACUCCGCCCAUCACGCACACUGAGUGAGUCCAAACAAACACUCCAGAGGGGCCAGAAGAUGAGAAAUAAUCCGACAUUUCCAGAAAAGUGCAUUUGUUUUCUUGCUGAGAGUCAGAUGAGAUUGCAGAGGCUUGCGUGGGGAUCCGAACAUUACAGAUCAUCCAUCAUUACAAGCUUAACUUUAAAUAUUUACAAGACUGUCAGAACUUUAUCUGAUUUUUUUAAGCAUUUAGCUUAAUUUAACUAAAUUUUUACUACCUAACAUACAAUAGUAGACAGUGCUAAGGAACAUCCAAAUAAAAUCCUACAAUUUGAUUCCUUAAAACUAAAACUUCUUGGACAGCUAAUCACAGCAACACAAUGCAUAUCAUGUGUCAGAUAACUGCAUUAAAAUGCUCCAAAAGGGACUGAGCACAAACUGCCACUACAUGCUGAUGAUGUGAUUCUAUUUCUUAUCCAAAUAUAGUAAUCACCUCAAGCCAGAGGUCCAGUUUAGGAACUCCAAUAAGCUGAGGUGAAGUCUACCAGACAGCUAAAACAUAUAGCUGCCUGUGACACACCAUCUGGCUAUCAAGCAGAUAGGCCACGCCUUAAUACAUGUGACACAGGUGAUCCCAGUGUAGCAUGGUCUCUACUUUAGUGGAAUUUCUCAGUGAAAUCAGGCUUUGUCUGUCAGUUUGGUUUUUAUAAAAUUACAAUACCUACGAAACUUUGCAGCUCUUGCUCUGACCAAAACUGUUUUUGUAGCAGGCUGUGAAGAUGUUUACUUCUGCUAUAAAUUUGGACAUUUUACCAUAGGAGUCUAUGGGGACACUGCCUGUAGCACACAUUAGAGUUUCAGUUUCAGCAUUAGUUUUACUUCCAACCUCUGGGGCUGAAAAGUGAAGCCAAUAUGGAAUCUGUGUUUACAUCUUCAGAGGUAGUGUGUUGUCGGAUGCAUGUAGAAAUAAAAAUGCUUUCUGUUCUUCCAAAAUGAAAUACCCACCCUCUCUUGAGGGUCCCAGUUUUUAUUUCUGCACCCUUCCUUCUUAACAUUUCUGCACAUACGUCUGACUCUCAGUAAAAAGCAACAUUUCCCAGAAUGUCUUUAAAAGUGAAGGAUGUUUCCAGGCCUUACUGAAUCUCUUCCGACACAUUACUUGGACUGUUAAAUGUACUGUACCAGUGGCCGUUGUCACUCUUCUCAGCUGUGAGAAUCUGAUCAGCGUUUCCCUCUGAACUGAAUGUCGAAGUCCUCCAUAGCGUGUCUAGUCCAGUGGUGGUGAUCCCGUGUUAAGCCUGCUGCAGUUUACGCUACAGUUUUGGCAACUAAAACUCAGUUCCCUUUAUUUCAAGCUACAGUGUAACUUGAAACGGCGUCUGCAUGGGUGCGUCACAGGAAUCGUUAAAUGUAGUCAACUCGAAAUUAAGAUUUGAGAACAUCAUUUUGAUUUCCUGAUUGAGUGCCUUUGGGGAAAGAUUUCUUGCAAUACACCUGGUUGUUCUGUCCAAUACUAACCUGUACUAACACUAUGAUUCACUGCUUCUGAAGGCGAGAAGAAAACCUUUUAAUGAUGCUGUAAAUACGCUUCAAGCUUUUUUUCCAUUCAAACGACUUACAGUGCAUGGCUCCAGUUUGGUUUUUUUAGUUGGUUAGUUUCCUUUCAUGCUACACAGUAUUUAUAUUCUGUUUUAUUUCCCUGUGUAUGACUGUAUAUAUUUACAUGUUUGGUUCUCUUUCACCUGUGAUAGAUUUCGCAGAACUUGAAAUAAACUAUCAGACUUC